AUGAUGGGUAUCACAAUUGCGAACAUGCGCAAGGGCAUUCUCCUCCACAGGCUGAUUUUCCUUGAAAUCGCAUGCACUCAGCUUAUUCUCGGAGGAUGGCAGGGCUACAAUCUGUUCUGGGCGAACCCAACGUAUGGAUGGUGGCUGUCUGUUGCCGCCACGUGUCUUCAUAUGUCGAACGGGUUGCACAACGUUAUCGCCUGGAUGAAGAUCAAGCCCUUCAUGAGCACGCGGAGCAGUCGCAUCUUCAUUUGUACCAUCUUCCUCGUGCAGCCAUACUGGAUAGUGGAGAUAUACGCGACAUUCACCUUCUUCAACGACCUCCCCAACAGCCACCUCUUUUCAAAGACAAGACCCAUCGAGACCAUCUUCCGCGACCCCUGGUGGGUAGCCGCCUGCAUCAAGCUGAUCUGGACCCUCAAACGACACUACGACAUAACCUUUGGCCAGGUCAUCACGAUAUCCCCACGGUUCGCCGUCAUGCUGGCCGCCAUGGCCCUGAGUGUUAUAUUUUGCCUCCUCGACAUACUCUCGGUAACGAGCGUGUUCUCAGACGCGCUGCCAACGGGAGUCAACCCGUUCUGGAAACUCGCGCUGGUGUUCAAGUGCCUCACCGACACUCUCAUCCUGGACGACUUCAAGACGGCGCUGGACAAGCUGUGGUCAUUGAGGCGGGAGAGUCUCGGGUCUUCUGCACCGCUGAUGCCGAGGCAGGAUUCCAGCAAGACGAAAAGGCGGCCUGAUGGUGUCGGGCAUCAUUUUCCUGCACAUUCUCCGUCCAGGCCUGGUAACUCUGGCUUUGACAACUUUGAACUGCAACCGCCGAGUAGUGUUCGAGGAAUGGUGUAG